UAGACAACAAAUUUCAAUGGACACCAUAAAAAUUUGGGAAAAGUGAAGAUUAAAUAUUUGAGGCUGUUCGAAAACGAAUCAAUAAAGGACUCAAGGCUAAAAGAGGCUACUAACAUCUAAACGUACCUCAGGAGAGAAACACGUGCACUACAUACAUAAAUACAUACCACAUACAUAUACUAACUAAAGCACACAGCCUUCAACGCAUUCGUGAAAACAGCAGUCCACCAGCGCUGUCCAUAUAUCCUUGCAGUGACCUUAACACCUGCCAUCCUGGCCAAUGCUAAUGUACCAACGACGACAACAAAAGCAACAAAAUUAGCUACAAAAUCACCAGCUUCAUAUCUACAAGCGAAUAAGCAAACAAAAGCUAAAACCCAAGCAAAAAAUGAAUAUCCUCUCCGGCAAAUCGCAGCUACUCGCCCACACUUUGUGUAUAGCUGGCUUAACAGCCGCCACUUCAGCGGCUACACACACCCACAAUGCAGAUAAUUUACUGGCAGCGCCAACAACAGCAACGGCAACAAGCAACACUUUAACGCUAGCAGCUAGAAUGUUGGCGGGCUUACCAACAUCCGCUGCCAUUGUAGACCCAGCGAAAGCGGAUGUGGCGCCAGUUGAUGGUGUUGGUGGUGGUGGUGUGCGAAACGUUGCCAGAGCGGAGAAUGAAAGCGCCGCGGAGACGCAGCCGGAUAGUUUCGAAGUGUUGCGGAAUGAAUGCUAUGAGCGGCUGAAUAGCACCACAACAAAGUUUGCGGCAGGUGAAUUGUACUGCGCUGGCACUUUUGACGGUUGGCUCUGUUGGCCGGAUACAGCUGCUGGCACUUCCGCCUACGAACGUUGCCCGGAAUUCAUAUUCGGCUUCGAUCCGACAAGAAAUGCGCAUAAGGAAUGCGGCAGAGAUGGUGAAUGGUACAAACAUCCGGUGUGGAAUUAUUCUUGGACUAAUUACACGAGCUGUGUUAAUAUAGACGAUUUAGAGUGGAAGCACAGCAUAAAUAUUUUCUACGAAACCGGUUAUGGCAUAUCGUUGGUGGCAAUUUUACUUUCUCUCGCUAUAUUGAGCUACUUUAAGUCGCUAAAAUGUGCGCGCAUAACACUCCACAUGAAUUUAUUUACAUCCUUUGCAGCGAACAACUCACUCUGGCUGAUUUGGUAUUUGGUGGUGGUGCCCGAUACGGAGCUGCUGCAAAAAAGUCCGCCCACAUGUAUUGCGCUACAUAUAAUACUCCAUUACUUCUUGCUCACAAACUAUGCAUGGAUGCUUUGUGAAGGCUUCUACUUGCACACAGUGCUAGUGUCCGCAUUCAUUUCGGAGAAGAAGCUGGUGAAGUGGCUCAUAGCUUUCGGCUGGGGUUCGCCGGCAAUUGUCAUUUUCAUUUAUGGCUUGGCGCGCGGUCUCGGCGGUACAGGCGAUGAAAUAACACAUUGCUGGAUGAAUUCGACGCCUUUCGACUAUAUAUUCGUCGUACCUGUUUGCAUUUCCAUGUUCCUUAAUUUGCUAUUUCUAUGCAAUAUUGUGCGCGUUGUGCUGCUGAAGUUGAAGGCACCAGCCAGCAUACAAAAUAGCUGUGGGCCUUCACGCACCGUCCUGCAAGCAUUUCGCGCCACUCUUUUGCUCGUACCACUUCUGGGACUACAGUAUAUUUUAACACCAUUCCGACCGGAACCCAAUCAUCCAUGGGAACAUACUUACGAAGUUAUUUCAGCAUUUACCGCAUCAUUUCAGGGCCUCUGCGUCGCCACAUUCUUCUGCUUCUUCAAUGGUGAAGUUAUUGCCCAAGUGAAGCGCAAAUGGCGUAUGGUUUGCUUUAGUAAUAGGGCUCGUGCAAAUUCCUACACAGCCACUCAGGUCUCGGUAAGAUUUUGUUGGCUUUGUAUGUCUUUUCGCCUACUCUUAUUGUAAUCGGUGUAACAAUAAUGCAUACAUACUACAUACAUAUAUAUCGUGUUGUGUACAAAUCAUUUGUAAAUAAGCCUUUGUACUUGUUUUUGUAACUGUCUGCUAAAAAUGUUUCAUUAUUUUAUGUUUAUUAUAACUCAAUAUUGAUGUGUUUGUGAGGUGUGUUUCUUUUUUGUUUCGAAAAUAAAAAAUCCAUAUAUUUAU